UAAAGUGCUUCUUUGGGUGAAGUCUCGUGAAACUCAAAAGCCAUGGCCUUGAAUUGUUACAUGAUGGUCCUUGUGUUUUUGCUUGUCAGCAUGAGCUUUUAUGGAAAUGUUGAUGCACAGAAAAAUGGCUUAGGGGCCUCUUUCAUCUUUGGGGAUUCCUUGGUGGAUGCAGGAAACAAUAACUAUUUGUCAACUCUUUCUAAGGCAAACAUCCCUCCCAAUGGAAUUGAUUUCAAGGCCUCUGGAGGAAACCCCACUGGCCGAUACACCAAUGGAAGAACCAUUGGUGAUAUAGUAGGAGAGGAAUUGGGACAACCAAAUUAUGCUGUACCAUUUUUAUCGCCAAAUGCAACAGGGAAAGCCAUAUUGAGUGGAGUGAAUUAUGCUUCGGGAGGAGGAGGGAUACUGAAUGCUACUGGAAGAAUAUUUGUGAAUAGGAUAGGAAUGGAUGUUCAAAUAGAUUACUUCAGCAUAACAAGAAAAGAAAUUGACAAAUUGCUGGGUGAAUCGAAAGCGAAAGAUUACAUUAUGAAGAAAUCAAUUUUCUCUAUCACUGUUGGGGCCAAUGAUUUUCUCAACAACUACCUUCUCCCAGUUCUCUCUAUUGGAGCUAGAAUUUCGCAAAGUCCAGAUUCAUUCAUAGAUGACAUGAUUAGUCAUUUCAGGACCCAACUCACGAGACUUUACGAAAUGGAUGGUCGAAAGUUUGUGAUUGGCAACGUUGGGCCAAUAGGCUGCAUUCCUUACCAGAAGACUAUUAAUCAGCUGAACGAAGAUGAGUGUGUGGAUUUGGCCAACAAGCUUGCCCUUCAAUAUAAUGCUCGUUUGAAGGAUUUGAUCGCUCAGCUAAAUGACAACCUCCCCGGAGCCACCUUCGUCCUCGCUAACGUCUAUGAUUUAGUCUUGGAACUCAUCAAAAACUACGAUAAAUACGGAUUCACAACCGCAAGUAGAGCUUGUUGCGGAAAUGGGGGCCAAUUUGCAGGGAUAAUUCCAUGUGGGCCUACAUCAAGCAUGUGUACAGAUAGGUACAAGCACGUGUUCUGGGAUCCUUAUCACCCAAGCGAGGCUGCAAACCUAAUCCUAGCCAAACAGCUACUUGACGGAGACAAGAGAUACAUAUCUCCUGUGAAUCUUAGGCAACUUCGGGACCUUUGAUCUUUCUUCUUUUAUUCUUCCUUCCCUACAACUUCUCCUUCUUCUUCUUCUUCUCCACCAUACCUACUAUCAUACAUUAUACACUGCUUCCUUUAUUUACCAUAAAUGUAAUUUUAUUUUCAAUAUCUUAUUAUAUGUUAUGUGGACGUUUCAUCAA